AUUGCUAUCGUCGGGUAGCACGCACGCGUCUUUCAACCGAAUAUCGCGAUAUAAGUGUGCAAAGUUUUAGUUUCGUGCGUUUCAACUAAAUGAUUGAACGAUGACAAUGGACGUUCAAAAUAAUUAUCAAAACUAUAAAGAAUCUUCGCCCGAUCCAAAAGAGUCGAAUUUGAAUAUCGAAAGUGCCAGAACGUCUCAGGCCGGGAGAGCUGAGAUGUCGACCAUCGUAAAUCAAGGAAAGAGUUCGAAACGAUCAUUCGACGUCGCCUUCCUGAUGAUGCCGGAUGAUAAAUUUCGACAGAAGCAGCCAGAGAAGCAACUGCGAGUGUCCAAGCAAAUCUUCCACGGUGAAGAGUGGGAACAAUUUCCGAAAAGAAUCCCAGAGGCUUAUAAACGCGAUGAAUACUCCAGCGAUAACUCCAACACACUAAAAGAUCAGGAAGAGGACAGGAUUCGAGCGAACAAUAACAUAUCGCCAACUUUUAGUUCCGAUAUUAACAUUGAUGUCGGAACGGACGAAUACCCCAGUAAGUCGAUGUAUUGUAGUGAUUCAGAAAAUUCGGACAAGUCUCGAAGUCGACCUAACUCAAACGAAAGCGCAGCGCGACAGCCUAAAUUCCUUCCGGAAUACAAAAACAAAAUAUUUGAUGAUCCAACACUAAUCACGAUGCAAUCCCGCGCAAGAUACGACCGAGCUGAAGAGUCACCUAAAAGUGCUUUUACGAAAGUGUCUCAUUAUUCUAUGAGGUCUCCGAAUCCUUCCGUGAGCCCUGAUAACCUGCUUUAUCAGAAUUCCGUCAGCCCUCCGCUGUCCGCGGCCAGUCCACCUGUAAAUUUCACCAAGACGCCGCACUUCAACAACCUGCUGAAUCCAGCUCAUCUGAUGAACGGGAGCGGCUUUUUCAAAGGUCAGAACACGCCCUCGUCGUCUCCAAGCUACCCGGAUUCAGCAUUGCAACAACGUCCAGCCACAUUUAGUAAAGCUAUUGAGUUUCACGAAAAAUCUUCGGAUCAUAAAGCGUCACCAAAUAAGAUGAAUUUUCUACCGUUCAGACCCGAAAUACCGUAUCUUCAAGCCGGAGGGUCCUAUCAAUUUCAGAACUUCCAAACGGCAAAUUCGGAUUUCAUGAAAUUUCCUGUGCCUCCUCGAGAGCCGGUCAGUCCGCUGAUAGCAAACCCAGCAGCAGCCAUCCUGAGUACUUUACUGCCGCCUACUUUAGCUGCUUUUUCGUUGCCAGCACAGAAUGUUUGCGCUAAGUGCAGCAUCAGUUUCAGGAUGACUUCUGACUUAGUUUACCACAUGCGAACGCAUCACAAGAGCGAGAACGUAGUCGAUCCCAAUAGGAGAAAAAGAGAGGAGAAACUGAAGUGUCCGGUUUGCAAUGAGAGCUUCAGAGAGAGGCAUCAUUUAACAAGACACAUGACGGCCCACCAGGACAAAGAAGGCGACAUGGACGACGUGUCCCCUUCGCAAAAUUACAAGAAAUCCAAACAAUUUUAUUCCCACAAUAGUGGAUCGAUAAUUCACAAGUAAGCAAUCUUUUAGGUAGUCAUUUUGAGAUUUUGGACGAAGUCUAAUCCAAUCAAAAAUCUAACGUAAUUUUAAAGUAUUUCUCCAAAAGAAAUCAAUUUUUAAAUUAUUGUUUUAAUAGUAGGUACCUAUCGUUGUUGUUAAAUCUAAAUAUUAAAAUGAUCCUUCACGUGCAAUAUUAGUUGUUAAGUUUUUAUUUUGUAAAUAUUCUAAUUUGUGUAGCUUACAAAUAAAAUGUCUAGAAAUCA